CGAUACGUUACUAAAUUAUUUACGUGCUGGAAAGCUUAAGCAAUGUUACGUCUAUUGCUGCUGGUGGGCUCAAUGGCCGCCGCGCUUGCGGGUCGAUCUCCGCAUGCGGAUUUCAUAGACCAGCUGGUGGCUUCUGCACCAUCUGCCAGAUACUCCAAUAACAUCAUUGAGGAUGCACUUCUGGAUGUGCCUGGUCUAGUAGCCAAAUAUGGCUACCCCAUCGAGUCCCAUGAGGUGACAACCUCUGAUGGCUACAUCCUCACGAUGCACCGCAUCCCUCACGGACGAGACCAGAACAACAGACCAGAUCCCAACAAACCGGUGGUCUUCCUUAUGCAUGGUAUGCUGUCAUCCUCCGCCGACUACUUAGUCCUUGGCCCUGGAAAUGCUUUGGGUUACGUCCUCGCCGAAGAGGGAUACGAUGUUUGGCUAGGAAAUGCCCGCGGCAACUUCUACUCCCGUCGCCACACCAACCUCAACCCUGACAGCUGGAUGAACCCGGCCUUCUGGAGAUUCAGCUGGGAUGAGAUUGGCAACCACGACUUACCCGCCUUCUUGGAUUACAUUGAGAGGCACACUGGCCAGAAGAAACUCCACUACAUCGGCCACUCGCAAGGAGGAACUUCAUUCCUUGUCCUGAACUCUCUGCGUCCAGAAUAUAAUGCCAAGUUCAUUUCCUUCCACGGAAUGGCUCCCGCUGCGUUCUUCAAACAUAACACUCAUAUGAUCACAUCCCUUGCGCCGCAUAUUGACCUCAUUGAGCCUGCUGCUUUCGCCAUAGGCCGAGCUGAAGUCUUUGGUAACCGAGAAUUCAUAGAGUGGUUCAAUAUGAAUAUGUGCGCCGAGUCAUCUAUUUUCGCGCCUGUCUGCUCUGCCAUAUGGGUUAGCACUACUUCGGACUACUUCAAUACGACCAUGAUCCCGUUGUUCCUUGGACACUCUCCAGCCGGCUCCUCGAUCCGUCAACUCAGUCACUACGCCCAGAGCAUCAACCACCACACCUUCAGGCGUUUCGACCACAACCCUGUGACCAACCUCAUCACCUACGGACGCAGGACUCCUCCAGACUACGACCUUAGCAAGGUCACAGCUCCGGCGUACAUCCACUACGCUGUAAACGACCUGAUGACCAACUUCAGAGACGUCGAAAUCUUGAUCGAAAAGCUACCCAACGUUAAAGUAGCACACUUAGUGGAUUCCCCAGUGUUUGACCACUUGGACUUCGUUUGGGGUUCUGGGGUUAAGGCCCGUCUGUAUGACAAGAUGAUUGGGCUCAUGAAGGAGGCAGAAAGAAACGCUUUGUAAAUAAUAAUAAAUAUUUCGGAAAAAUAAAUUUGUUAUUUAUAAAAUA